CAAAUUUCGACCCCAAUUACCAAAUUCAAUUUUUCGUCCUUGAUUCAACAUUUUAACUUUUGUAUUCCUUAAAAUAAAGUUACACACUAUGUCUUGAGAAGUAAAUGACCAAAUACAUAGGUAAAACCUUAUUUGAACUUUACGUAAUACGAAAUUGGUAUGAUUAUCGAGUUACUUAUGCGACUUGAUCCAACAACAUAUCGAGCUUUUAACAAACGUAAUUAACGAUCGGGAAUUUGUCUAUUGUUUCAAUACUACUUUGAAAUGGAUGUUCACUAUGACACUUGUACAUGGUCCAACAUAGUAAAGUAAUAUUUCAAAUUUAAACGAAUUAAUUAAUAAAGUCACUCAUUUUUUGUAAGAAAAUUAAAGACGAGUUUUAAUUAAUCUCACAAAGUAUGAUUGAUGCCAAACAAAUACAUUGUUUAACUAUUACCGCUUAACACCACCAGCAUUCAAUUAGGAAGUUUUCAGUACCCUUAUCCGUUAAUUAUCCUAAUUGAUGUCAUUUAUUAGUAUCAAUUAUUACCUAAUUACUUAAUUAAAUGUUCGAAUAUGACAGUGGCAAAUAUCUCGGGCUCAUAGUAAAUACCGUCAAAAUCAAGGGGCUAUUACUACCCAUCUCCCCCUAUUUAAACCGUACCGAAGUUGAACCAACCGUCAUUCUUAUCCUCAAUCUCCAGACCUCGUCAAACGCUUUUCCCCCAUUUUCUUGCAGCAGCGAUGGAUGUAAUGUUUGCUCAUCAGCAGUCGAGCUUGAAUCCGAACGCGCCGAUGUUCGUCCCCAUGGCUUACCAGGCGGUGGAGGACUUCUCCGAUCAGUGGUGGUCGCUCAUCCAAUCCUCCACCUGGUUCCGCGACUACUGGCUCCAGGAGCGCUACCAGGACCCCCAAUCCGACUUCUUACUCCCCGACGACCUCGAUUUCCUCGACGACGGCGCCGAUUUCCUCCACUUCUCCGGAGGUAUAGAUGAGGAGGAGGAAGAAUUGGGGAUGAAAUGGGAAAUGGUGUCGGUGGGAUCGACGAAAUGGAGGAAGAAUGAUCUGAAUCGGUCGCCGAGGUAUGCAGAGAAGGCGGUGAAGAUUGUGAAUGUGAAGAUGAGUCCGAGGACGAUUCAGCAGCCGAGGUAGAUUGUUGGUGAUGAGUCAGGAAGUGGAGAGUUUGGGGGGAUUUUCUUUUUAUGUAGUGUUAUUGUACAUAGUGCAGAAGAUUGUUUGGCUUUGAUGAUGGUCAGGAUCGUCAUCUUGUUCAUGAUUUCCUUUCUGGGUUUAGGUUUAUUACCCAAGUUUCAGUUUAGCUUCAGUUUCAGUUCCCCCCCAAAAGCUAAUGUAGAAAAAAGUACAAAAAAGGCA